UGCUUCUACCCGGCUACCCCAAACCAGGUUUGGGGAAAAUAGGCCACUUCCACACUUAGGGUUUUCUCAGAUCUGAAUCAACCUAGAAAGUCAACUCUUUUUGGUUUUGUUAACUGGAUUAUGGUUUGUUCUUGAUUUGAGUUGAAGCUGCGCUGCCAAUGCAAUUUGAAUAUAAGUUGCGGAAUUUUUCGGAUACCGGAAAAGUUGAACAACUCCGAGCGCCAAUUCCCGGCCUUCAUUAUCAUCAGUAAUGUCUUGGGCUAGUCCGGAAGAUAUCCACCUCUCCACUUCUCUUGCCAGCUAUCUUGACAAGAAACUUCUUGUGUUGCUGCGAGAUAGUCGGAAGCUUUUGGGCACACUUAGAUCUUUUGACCAAUUUGCAAAUGCUGUUCUUGAAGGUGCAUGUGAGCGGGUUAUUGUUGGUGAUCUCUAUUGUGACAUUCCAUUAGGUCUAUACAUAAUUCGUGGAGAGAAUGUUGUGCUGAUCGGCGAGCUGGAUUUGGAUAAGGAGGAACUUCCACCACAUAUGACUCGCGUUUCAGAAGCAGAGAUAAAAAGGGCACAAAAAGCAGAAAGAGAGGCUACCGAUCUUAAAGGAACUAUGAGAAAGAGGAUGGAGUUCCUCGAUAUGGACUGAUGUUUGUUUCCAGCACGAGAAAUCUGGUUCUGCAGUUUGCACUCACGCCAUGUCAUCCGCAAAUAUUAUCGCGGUUGCUGGGUGCUGCAAAAUGUAACUAGGACCAGACGGUCAGGCAUUCUCUACCGAGGUCGAGGCUCUGUUUCCCAUUUACUUUUCGCCACAUCAUCUGCCCCUUACGAAGCCCAUUGUCGUCAUGUUUAAAUUAUACUCCCCGAGUGUUGCUAGGUUGAAGUCUACUUUUUUGUUACUAGACUAGAUGAGUAAAGUAUGGCUGCUGGAGAUGGAAUGGAGAGUUGCUCAAAUUUAUCUUGAAAUCAAAUUGUAGAAUGACAUCUUUGAGUGUUAGAGACCUUAAUCUAGUGCUGUAAUCAAAUCUUAUGCUCUGAAUCCUUGAAUUAAAGAAAUGUUUCCAAAAA